UCCAGCAUGUAGUCGUGUCGAUAGUUACAGAACAGCGUAAUACCUCUCUUUAACACGUUAUUCACGCGUUAGAUAUCGAUAGAUUGUUGCCGGCUUGUAACCUGUCCGACAUGCGUCUCACAGGAUGCGGUGUGUACCCUGACCCACAUUGGUCUCAGAUGAUGUGGUGUAUACCCUGCCCCACACGGGUCUCAGAUGAUGUAGCGUGUACCCUGCCCCACACGGGUCUCAGAUGAUGUAGCGUGUACCCUUCCCCACACGGGUCUCAGAUGAUGUAGCGUGUACCCUGCCCCACACGGGUCUCAGAUGAUGUAGCGUGUACCCUGCCCCACACGGGUCUCAGAUGAUGUAGCGUGUACCCUGCCCCACACGGGUCUCAGAUGAUGUAGCGUGUACCCUGCCCCACACGGGUCUCAGAUGAUGUAGCGUGUACCCUGCCCCACACGGGUCUCAGAUGAUGAAGCGUGUACCCUUCCCCACUCGGGUCUCAGAUGAUGUAGCGUGUACCCUUCCCCACUCGGGUCUCAGAUGAUGUAGCGUGUACCCUGCCCCACACGGGUCUCAGAUGAUGAGCUGCACACGCUUCACGUGAGAAGCCCGCGGGGCUGUGGUAGUCGCGUAAGAACAUUCAGAGAUCUAUAUCUGGAAGACAACACGUCGUUCGUCAUACUUGAGGGGUUUAUGGAUCAGUUGGCCUGGUUGGCACGGCUCAGCUCCCCUGUAACAGCAUAUAACACACCCAUGUCUACUUUCUGUUUGUUUGCCACACGUGCUACUGGGGGACAUCCCGAAUCAAUCAAACCAUCAAUCUUUCUUCCUUGAAACCAUCCAUGGCGGUUCACGUUCUUCACAAAUCUUUAGCAAUGAAUGUUGGACACCACGUGACAUUAGGGGUGUUGAUGGGGCCGUUAUUAAUGACGUCACUUGAAGGACACCACUAUGGCGCAGGAAGGGAGGCGUGUGUUGACAUGAUUCCUCAACACGAGAGCCGACCCCGUGAUCCCCCAGCACCCGUCGACAUCAUCCUGUCCAACACAACCUACAGCCCAGGUGUUCCUAUAACAGUUACGCUCGCUGCCAACAGUGGGUUCUUCAAGGGUUUCCUGAUUCAAGCCAGAGUGACCGACCCCGGGCCGAGUCGAGGAAAUGCGGUCGGGACAUUCACUCCAAUAGACGGAACUAAACAGAUCUGCGAUUUCAGUGUUGGGUUGACCCACUCGGAUGCCGGGCAGAAGACGAAGCUGAUGUUGCAGUGGAACCCUCCUCCCACGUUAAAGGGCAACAUUCGAUUCAGCACAACGAUCGUGGUAAGUCAGUACUCAUACUGGGUAGCGUUACCCUCUGAUGUCCUGACCGAGGGGCAGACAACCACGUCACCACCCACCACCACCCAGGCGACAUCUUCAUCCUCGUCUUCAGCAGCCACGUCGAUGUCGUCAAGCAUGGACCCUCAAAAGCUGGACACAGUGAGCCCGUCACAGCCACGAUCCGAGAUGGACACACCCAUAACUACCCCGUCACAGUCAGCGUCCUCACCCUCACCCAGUGCAGCAGGGGGGAGACAGGCAACAACAAUGACGUCGCCAGUCACGUGUCUCCUGGCUGGGCUGAUUCUCUUCUGGUGAUCUAUGGUGUCUGAAAGCUAUGGUGCUAGUUACAUGUGAUAUUAUCUAUCCCUCGUCGCUGUGUGCAGUGUUUGCACCUGGCUUGUUAUAUGUUAUGAAACGGUGGCUCAUUUACCCUCCUACCUACCAUACUACCUGCUUAAACUGUUUGACAGAUACCAUUUUUUUGAAAACUGGAUUCUAGUCAGUGCCAUUGAAACAAGAACAUUGUGAAUUAUUUUUCACAGUGACUUGCCUAUAAUGACUUUACGCCCGACUACAUCAUCUGCGGCGAAGUGUAAUGCAAGAGUGCGUACCACCCCUUUUUGAAGCUUAAGUACUGCAACACUAUAGCUAAAUCGUUAUACAUAUAUCAUAUGUAUACACACACUUACAGGUCAGGACACGACACAGCCAUCAUCUGCAGCUACACUGAUUUGUCAGACGAGACGAUAUAAAAUGUACGAAAAAGAUGCUAUGACCUUUCUACCUGACAUGAUGAGCCCCUCCUAUACCUGCCAGCUUGUUGAUACAGGGGUCGGCUAGACAUGUUCUGACCAUGCGACCAGGCCACUGUGCUGACCCUACAUUUGUGUCGCUGGUAGGAAUUGAACGUCCUCACAAACAAUGGCAAAAAUCGUUACAUUGUACCCGAUAUAAGUGCACCAAAUACAACAUUUACAGUUGUAAUAACGUCAGUUCAUUUCACAUUCACAAACUGUUUAAUAAAACAAAUAUGAUCAAUAUGUAACUUUGACUGAUCUGUUUGACCACUGUACAUUUGACUUUCGGUCAUUUCAUAACACACACGCCAUGACGACCCUAAGACUCAGAUACUGCAGGAAACUCAACUCAAUGUUUUAUUCAUGUUGGUUGUACAGAUCGUGAGCAGGAACUAUUCCUCGUGAGUGCUAUUUGAAUAUGUAAUGGGAUUUGUCGUCCAAACUAAGAUAAUAUUCGUGCUGAACGCCUACCUGUACCAGGUAUGUUGAAAUUGUAAUAUGAAUAAAAAAGCUUCCUUGGGUGUGUUGCGAAAAGGA